AUGAAAUUUUGGGACGCGCCAAGAUCCUCAUUUCCCUACUCGUUUGAUGAAGUUGUCGCCGCAUUUUGGGAUAGGUAAAUUUAUAUUUAAAAAAAAACCCCUCUAAAAUUGUUUCGUUUAGAUAUCCAAAUUCGCAUGCAAAACACAUUUUAUCGGAAGAUGUAUUGGAUCGAAAAGUGGUGGGCAACACAAUUGUCACCAAAAAGUUGAUUGUGAAGCAAGGUAGCUCGAUUCUAAAGCGAGUUCCCCGCUGGAUUUCAAGAAUGACCGAUAUUCGCGUUGUUCCAGUCAUCGAGGAAAGUAUUUAUGACAAAGCCACCAAACGGCUAACCACAUACACUAGAAACGUCUCGCAUUUAUCGCUUUUCCAACUCCACGAGCGAUGCAUCUACAAACCAACCGAAAAUCAUCAAGAAACCACGCCAUUUCUAACCGAUGUUCUACGAACUGUCAACGUUUCGAUAGAUUGCGGUCGAAUGAGUUCGGUUUAUGAGAAGGUUUUGAUGAUGGGCUUCAAGAAAUCGAUCAAUAACACGACGAAGGGGAUGUUUGAGAAACUUGAGGAGAAAUUUGGCUUGAAACAUUCGCCGAAUAGCGAAAAAAUGAAAUUGAUCAAGGAGAAGAUCAUUAAAUCCUCGACAAAUCUUGUCACUCAUGUCAAAUGCGAAGAAGAGACUGUUGUUUAA